AUGACAGUCCCAGGAAAGAAAGCAUCAAAACAGUUUUCGUCAUCAACAACAUCCAUGUCAUCAGAUGAAGAUCUUCAAGUUUACUGCCAGCCUUGUGACGAGGAAGGAACUAGACUCCCUGCCCAUGGUUACUGUACUGACUGCAAGGAACAUCUUUGCAUGAUAUGCUUUAAAGCACAUAAGAUAAACAAGUUUACCAAAAAGCACACACGUCUUGAUGCAACAAGUAUGCCUAAAGUUUUGCAGCAACCCUCAACAUCCAUUCAAACAGUUCUGUCUGAUGAUUUGACUAUGCCGUGUCCUAAACAUCCAAAAGAAAUGAUCAAGUUUUACUGUAAUGAUCAUACAGAAUUUCUCUGCAGUGUUUGUGUUACACUUGAACAUCAAGCUACUUCCUGCAAAGUCAACUAUAUACCAGACAUUUCUGGUGAUAUAAUAGACAGCAAAGAAUAUCAAGUUAUCUUGAAUGCAGUAAAUACCACUUCUGACAAAUUUCAACAGAUAUUAAAAGAUGUCAAGGACAUGACACACAAAUCAAACAGCUCUCUUAAAGAUGCAUUAGUUGACAUUAAAAAGUUUCGGCAAGAAAUCAACCAAAGACUAGAUGAACUGGAGAGACAGGCUGAAGAUGCAGCUAAAGUCAUAGAACAAGAAAACAAAAAACAUCUGAAAGCAGUAGAAACAACAUGUGAGGAAGUUACCAAAUCUCUAAAGAUAUCAUCAGACAAAAUCAAACAACUCAACACAACAAAACAAGCUGACAAACUCUUCAUUGAUUUAAAACUUUCACAGGAGACAAUCAAGGAUAUGGAUGAAACACUACUAAAACUGUCAUCAUUUGAUAUCAAAGAGCACAACUUUCAAUCAAAUGAUGUAAUAUUAAAUUUGAUUAAAACAGAGAAGUCACUAGGAACAUUGACACAGAAAACUUUAAAUAAAGAAUCUCAAUCUGCACAAAUAAAGUCUAGGCAAUCUUCACAUGAGGGAGAAAUCUGUGUGGAGACAUCAAAAGAUAACUACAUUUGCUAUAUAACAGGAAUGACUCUGCUGACUCCUGAUCUUCUUAUCAUCACUGACUAUAAUAACGAAGAUGUAAAGAUGGUGGAUACCAGCAGUCAAUCUGUGUCUAAUAAACUACAACUAGAUGAUAAACCAUGGGAUAUCACCACAGUAGCCAGUACUGAACUUGCUGUCACACUUCCUCACAAACAAACAGUACAAUUUAUAUCAAUCUCAUCAAACAAACAACUUAAAAUGAAGCACACUGUGAAGGUUGGUGGGAAAUGUUAUGGUAUAAACUGUUACCAAGGUAAACUUGUUGUGUCAUUACGAUUUCCUGCAAAACUUCAGAUCCUUGAUAUGAAUGGCACUAUACUGACAACAAUGGAUGGAAAAAAUAUUUUCAAAGAUCCAUGGUAUAUCACAUGUAACAGAAUUUCUAUCUAUGUAUCUGACUGUCACAUGAAGACAGUAACAAGAUUAAACUGGCAAGGUGAAGUGAUAGGUAGUUAUAGUGCUAUGGGUUACCCUACAGGAAUGUCACUGUCAGAUGAUGGUACUGUCUUUGUGUGUGACUGGAGGAGAAAUGUUAUAGAAGAGAUAUCAGGAGACUGCUCUACAGGAAAGGUGGUGCUGCAGGAUCUGAAGACACCAAGGGCUGUAUGUUGGUGUGGAAAAACAAAGAAGCUGUAUUAUAGCUGCUAUGCUUUUGAUAAUAAAAAUCAAAACUUCCUUUACAUUUAUAACCUAUCAUAG